ACAGCACGUCCAACAACCACGCCCACUCGCUGAGGAGCUCUGUGUUCCGUAUUCAGCAGAGCAGCUUCCGGCGGGGCGUAGGACCAGGCAGCAGUUCUGCUGGUGGUGGAAGAUUGAGACUCUCUUGCCACUAUGCCAUUCCUCCAUGGCUUUCGGAGGAUUAUAUUCGAGUACCAGCCUUUGGUGGAUGAGAUCCUGGGGGCUCUGGGUAUUCAGGACCCUGAACAGCCGGUGGCGGCAGACACCAGAAGCAGUUUCCUGGUUGGAGAGAGUGAGGAGUUCCUGGCGCUGAAUGAGUUACUGGAGAGGCAUUCUCAGUCUUCCUUUUACAAGGAGGGAGUCAGUUACUCGCUGCUGAAGGUGGCCGAGCUGGGGAUGGUUCCGUCGGCCAAAAUCCUCCUGCAGUUUGGGGCAGAUCUCAGCUUUGAGGAUCCGGUGACCUACUACACGGCGCUACACAUUGCGGUACUGAGAAACCAGCCAGAAAUGGUGGAGCUGUUGGUGCAGAGCGGAGCUGAUAUUAACAAGAGGGACAGGAUCCAUGAAAGCAGUCCAUUGGACUUGGCUAGUGAAGAACCAGAGCGACUGCCGUGCCUGCAACGCCUGCUGGAGCUCAGCGCUGAUGUAAAUGCAGCUGACAAAAAUGGGAAGACGGCGUUAUUACACGCACUGGCCAGCAGUGAUGGCGUUCAGAUCCAUAACAUAGAAAACAUCCGUCUGCUGCUCGAAGGAGGUGCCGACGUUAAGGCCACGACCAAGGAUUACGACACAGUGUUCUCGUGCAUCAUCUUCCUGCUGGGCGAGACAGUGGGCUGUGACCAGGAAGAGGCCAAGCUGAUCAAUCACUUCUGCUUUCGGGUCAGCCAGCUGCUGAUAGCACACGGCGCCGACCCCAGCGAGUGCCCGUCCCACGAGUCCUUGACCCACACAUGCCUCAAAAGCUUCAAGCUCCACUUUCCACUUCUCCGCUUUCUACUGGAAUCCGGCGCCUCUUACAACUGCUCCCAACAUGGACCCUCGUGCUGGUCCGGCUUCCACAUAGUCCUCGAGAGGCUGUGCAGUUACUUGGGCACCUGCGACGAAUGUGAUUCCCUGCAGCUGCUGCAAAAAGCAGAAUGUGCCCUGGACCUUAUGAUAGCCCAUUCCCCCCAAGUCAAGCUCCCUAGGAACUUUGAAAUAAACACGGCGGGGUGCAACACCCAUGUGGACAAAGUGGUGGCACUGCUCCAGUCCCUAAAACAGCUGGAGCAUUCCCCGCCCACGCUGAAGCACUUAUGCAGGGUCUUUAUACGCCAGAGGCUCCGGCCUUGGCCUGUGGAUGUAAAAGUUAAAGCGCUCCCCCUCCCUGACAGGCUGAAAUGGUAUCUCCUUAUCAAUCACUCCUCCCUCAGUUCUAAUGAGGAAGAUUUAUAACGGGCAGGUUCUGAGCUUUUUUCAUGGCGGCUAGGAGGCUUCAAAACUAAACCCAAAGUGCUGUGGCACAGGCCAAGAAUAGCGCUGGAUGUCAAGGGACAUAUUGAACGCACACAGAGUGAUGACAGACAGAACACCUGUCUUCACUCACUAUGCGUCCAGUUUGGCACCAUUCAUUAUAAUGAGCACUGAUGGGCGCCCGGUGGCAUUUUGAUGGGUAUUUUCAGGGGGAGGGUAACACCAGACAAAAUGCCAUGGGUGCCAUAGGCCUUAAUGUUUAUUUAGGGAUGGCAGCUGCAAAUGAAAAGGUGUGGUGCUGUUGUUGCAGCCAUUGGUUAUUCAAAGUGGCACCUCUGCAGGGCAAAUGUGGCACACUGACAUAUAUAACAGGCUCUUGUAUUAAUGGGGUGGUUCACCUUUGAGUUAAUGUUUAGUAUGGAGUAAUAUUUGAAAAAACAGUUUUGCAAUUGGUCUUCAUUUUUUUUAAUUGUCAAUGUUUGUUCAGCAGCUAUCUAGUUGUGAGGGUACAUAUUACCUUAGCAACCAGGCAGUGGGUUAAAUGACAGGUUGAUAUAUUAAUAGGAGUGAGCGUACAUAGAAAAACAAGCAAUACAAGUCAAAUUUAAAAACUAUAACAAACAAAUAAUAAAGACCAGUUGAAAAGUUGCUUAGAAUUGGCUAUUCUAAAACAUACUAAAAGUUCACUUAAAGUUGAAACACCCCUAACAAUAGGACCAUGUAGCACCCAAUCUUGAUUUUAUUAAGGUGCCUGAGCACACA